AUGAAUGGCAAGCCGACUGUCAGCAAGGCACGCCCCGUCCCCGCCGCAGACUUCCCUCCACGUUCCCGGGGACCCCUCUGCGCACGAGUCUACGCGCCUCCUUGGCCCACUUGCUCCGUCCGCGCACCUGCCAAGGCGCCUUCGUCCGGGAGGGGCGGGGAUCGGCCUUCUAAGAGCGGGUCUUGGGGCGGGCGGCGCAGCCCCGUCACAGCCUUGCGUCCCGACCCGCCGCCGCAGCUUCCCGGCGCGCAAAAGCCCUCCCCGCGUCCGUUCCGGGGCGGCAAGCCUGCCCCGCGCCGAGCAGAAGCCCGGCGCCGGCUGACUGAGCGCUGCGCGGGCGGGAUGUGCGCCCUCCUGCAGACCCCGCUCCCGGGCCUGGGCGCGGGCCGCCGGCGCUUCCCGCAGGCGCUCAUCGUGGGCGUGAAGAAGGGCGGCACGCGCGCCCUGCUGGAGUUCCUGCGGCUUCACCCCGACGUCCGCGCGCUCGGCUCCGAGCCCCACUUCUUCGACAGGUGCUACGAGCGCGGUCUCGCCUGGUACCGGAACCUGAUGCCGCGCACCCUGGACGGGCAGAUUACCAUGGAGAAGACCCCCAGCUACUUCGUGACCCGGGAGGCCCCUCGCCGCAUCCACGGCAUGUCCCCGGACACGAAGCUGAUCGUGGUGGUGCGGAACCCUGUGACUCGGGCCAUCUCCGACUACGCCCAGACGCUUUCCAAGACCCCGGGCCUACCCAGCUUCCGUGCCCUGGCCUUUCGCCAGGGCCUGGGCCCGGUGGACACGGCCUGGAGUGCUGUGCGCAUUGGCCUCUAUGCCCAGCACCUGGACAACUGGCUGCGCUACUUCCCCCUGUCCCGCUUCCUGUUUGUCAGCGGGGAGCGCCUGGUCAGCGACCCGGCUGGAGAGGUGGGCCGCGUGCAGGACUUCCUGGGCCUCAAGCGGGUCGUUACAGACAAGCACUUCUACUUCAAUGCCACCAAGGGCUUCCCCUGCCUCAAGAAGGCCCAGGGGAGCCGCAGCCCCCGCUGCCUGGGCAGGUCCAAGGGCCGGCCCCACCCCCACGUGCCCGAGGCCGUGGUCCAGCGCCUGCGGGACUUCUACCGGCCCUUCAACCGCAAGUUCUACCAGAUGACCGGCCAGGACUUCGGCUGGGACUGACGGGGCCAGGCCAGCCCACCUCCUGCCUGGGGAACGCUCGGUGACCUUAAUUUAUGCCUGCGGCCCGGCCAGAGCAGGCUGCGUACACGUGUUGGGUAGAGAGAAAUAUUUAAGAAGUAAAGUUUGGAUCUGUGUUCUUCCACAGGACCUUGAGCCUGGAGAGUGAGGGCUGGAGGUACCACUGCCCAGGGAAAUGAUAAUCAUACCAGCUAACUCUGCUGGGCACUGUCCAUGUGCCAGGAGUGGUCCAAAACCCGAUCCUCAUACAUCCCUCGAGGUGUGCAGUGAGCCUGGCCACAUGUCAUAGAUGAGCAACUGAGGCUCAGAGAGGUUCAGGGCCUGUCCAGUGACACACAGCUUAGCCCUGGGAACUCUGAAGGCCAUCCUCAGGCUCUCUUCUCAGCCCUGGGAUGCUGAGCUGGGCUGUCCCCAUGUUCCGGAUGAGGAAACUGAGGCCCCAGGUUGCCCACCUCAGUGUUGAGGCAGGAUUA